AUGCCUUCUGACAUUGCAGUAACCUCAAAACCAAAGAAAGGAAAACCAGCAAGGCUCCAAGUUGACCCGGAAACUAUCCCUGACGAUGAUAAACCGCCACAAACUGGUAAUGUAUUCAACAUAUGGUUCUUGAAGUGGUCAGGAGGAGAUAGUUCAAAUAAAAACUUCACGAAGCUGAAAUUUAGGGUAAAUAUUAAGAAGGAUUCAGGCUAUACAAGGGCACAGUCUAAUGCACCAUUGUGCCUUUUUUUUGCUCGAGGAUGUUGUUAUUUAGGCAAAAAAUGUUCAUAUUACCACAGAUUACCGAAAGAUACAGAUUAUUUCAUUCCUACUCAAGAUUGUUUCGGGAGAGAUAAAACCAGCGAUUAUAAGGAUGAUAUGAAUGGAGUAGGAUCGUUCAAUAAAGUGAAUAGAACCUUAUACAUAGGAGGACUACAUAUGAAUGAUACAAUGGAGAAUACCUUAACCAAGCAUUUUCAAGAAUUUGGGUCGAUUGAGAAAAUUCGGGUACUUUAUAAUAAGGCUUGUGCAUUUGUCACAUUUCGUACUGAGAAUGAAGCACAGUUCGCCAAAGAGGCCAUGCAAAAUCAAUCUCUAGAUGGGAAUGAAAUCCUCAAUAUAAGGUGGGCUAAUGAAGAUCCGAAUCCUGAAGCACAAAGACAAGAGAAGAGGAGAUUAGAAGAGACAACCAUAAACACAGUAAAAAAUUUAUUAGAACUGGUUUCUCAAACGGAAAACAAGAGAAAAAAAGUUACAGUAGAAGAACCAGAUGAAAGUGAGGAAACUGAGUUGCCUGAAGUAAAGGCAUUACCAUCGCUGGAGACGUCUUCAGGCUUAUUCAAUAGUUCCUCGCUAGAUGCGCUAAAACAGAUGCAAUCUAAGAAACGAAAAGUAAAUGAAUCUCGACCUGAAAGAGACUUUAAUACAAUGUUAGGGUAUUCUAGUAGCGAUGACGAAUAA